CCGAGACAACACAUCAACCAUGAGAUUUCGAUUUGGAAAUGGCGAAGAGCAAUUUUUCGUGGCGGACAUUCUUUCAUUGUUUGAAGUCGAGAACGAGGAGAGCUGCGCGACUUCUAGCUACGAUAAUUCGAGCACAGACUCGGGAUCUAUGAGCAUCCGUGUCGACGAUUCGAGGGCGGGUGGACCGCGCUCGAGAAUGCGAUUAAGAAGCAAAAUCGAGCGCAUGCGUCGUGAAAUUCAAACCUUGGGAGUGAAGCUUGCAGAUCUACAGCCCCCCGGAACUACCGGCGGAAGAGGACUAUACGUUGCAGCUACAGCUGCUAGACUCGAGAGGCGCGCUGACACCUCGCGGUGGAAAUCUAUUGCAAUGAAAAACAGGCAGCGGCGAGAACGCGCAGAACACGACAACAAGGUGCUCAAGAGGAUGAUUGCUGCGCAAAACAUGCUUGCAAAGUCAAUCCUCGAAGGGCGCUUUCGGAUUUCGAGUAAACUCCGUAGCACAGUAAGCACUUCGUCGCACCGAAGAUAUCCACGCAUCAACGUAUCAUGCAACCUCUUGAACACACCAGAAAGCGACGAGGUCAAGGAGGUCAAGGAGAUCCGUGGCAAAGAGCUGCUCAUCGAAUGCUUCGGGCUCAACGAAUAA